CUGCAACUCUGAUGAUACCACGACUCCAACACCCGAUUAUUAACAUUGAAAGAAGCGAGCAUUAAUAUAAAUCGAGUCCGAAAACUGUAAGAUGUCGCAGAGGGGUGGCAAAGAUCUCACUUCCGCUCGCACGGACGCCGCCAGCAGUAGUACCUCACAAGAGUCGACAUGGAGAUGGACAUCUCUGGUGCGGUAGAGCUCUACAAGGCGCUGGCAGAGAUUCCGACCGUGUCGUCUGCCGAAAUAGUCGCCGACGAUGAGGAUGAGAAAAGUAAGACCGUCAGCCUCGUCUUGUCGCAGCGCUCCCAUUCGACACUCUCUCGCUAUACAGCCCGUCAGCAGCUUCUCCUCUACUUACCCUCUCCUGCCUCGGGCCGCAGCAUAGACGAUCAUGGACGUGUCGACGAAUCUGGCGAAGGCGUACAAGUGCGCGCCGUCCCCCCGGGCCCCUCCGUGCAGGCUGGCGACGACACGAUCAAGGCCAUCUUUUCGGCAUUUAUCCCUAGCCUCAAACAGACCCGGACGGCUUUGCUUCGCGAAGACCAAGGCGACAAGGACAAGGGAACAAAGCGGCGGAGCGUCGAGCUGUGGCACCGCGAGACGAAGCUGAGCGCGAUCGACGUGACCGAAAUCCAUGCCGCCUUUAUCGUCGAUGACACAUUUGGUUCUUUGUCCCUCUGCCCCGUCACUGGGCAGCGAAUUCUCUACGCAGCCGAGGCAAGGGCGCCAGAAAAGAGAAAGAAGAUGGACAACCAAGAAAACAGUCAUGAAGAGCCCGGCUUGGAUGGCCUCGAAGCCUUUGAAUACCGACCCGGUCUAGGCGAGAAGAUGGGAGGAAGGACCCGGCCGACGGUCUGGAUGGCCACAUUUCCAUCGAAUACGAUGAGAGGGGGCGGCAGCAGCAGCAAGGCAGGUCAUGUUGCUCGCCUCGCCGUCGACGGAGAUGAGCUGAAGGCUGCCGGCCAAGACAUUAGGGACCCUCUGCUGGGCCAGGCAGUAUUUGAUGCCAAGGGUGAGAGCAUCAUUACCACGGCCUACUCGCUCCUGGCGGACGGGCGCAGGUUGGGCAUCAUCUACUGCACCAACCGUCCUGCGGCCAUUCUGCGCGCAUACCUGGAUAAUUCAAGAGACGAUGAGAAUCGGCCGACAAACAAACACACUUGUAUUGCCGUUGGCAAGUGGACUCGUCUCUCGGCUGAGGGCGUCAGCGCGCGCUCCCCUCGCAUUUUUGCCAAUGCCAAUUCGCCUUCGACUGCCAUCGUUUGGCUUCAAAAUCAGGAAGCGGGUGCCCACAACGACUGCGCAGCCCUGGCCUCGUACGACGACGACGGCAAAGACGACAAUUGCCGCGAGAUACGCAUGCAGAUCCCAAUUCAAAGUCGUCCGCCCGAUAACGGCAGCGGCUGGCCGGGCCUGUACCUCGACCAGCUACCGCGCACUUGCCAAGUCGAUGGAGGUCUCGUCACCUCAACCAUCUGGGGUUGCCGCAAGACGAUCAUCUUAAGACGCCUCGCACCUGCUUCUGCAUUUUCAUCUUCGGCACAUAGAGACGCCGAAGAACCCGUUCAGGAUCUGACCCCACCCUCGGCGAGCGACGAGCAGCCCUGGUCAUACACUGUCCUGUGCACUGACGGAAAGCACCUCAUCGUUGCCGUCCGCUCCAGCCCGCUCAGACCCCAGCAGCUGCUCGUGGGUCAGCUAUUCACUCCCACCAAUGGGCCGAACCUUGUCCCAGCAAAGGUUUCUUGGACCAUGGCGAGAGACCUCGGGGGGCCGUAUCAGCAUAAAAACGGUCUCGAUGUGCUCUCGAGCCUCGAAGCUAGUGUCGUGGAGCAGAGGCCGUCAACGGAUGAAAGCGAGAUAGCCGGAAGACCAGACAACGAUAGCCACGUUGGAGUCCAGUCUAUUGUUCUGCGCCCCUCGUCGCUAGCGAACAGAGAGAGGGCCCCAGCUGGCAUUUUGUUCCCACAUGGCGGACCGCAUGGAGGCACCACCACCGACUGGAACCCUGCGUUGGCUGCACUAGCCGCCUGCGACUAUUCGAUUGUCUUGCCAAACUUUCGAGGCUCGCUUGGGAGGGGCCAGGACUUUGCACAUGCCCUACUGGGCAGGUGCGGCGAUAUCGAUGUCAAGGACUGCCUCGGUGCCCUGAAGCAACACCUUGUCGAGCCAGGUCUCGUCGAUUCGAGCAGGCUCAUCGUCAUGGGAGGCUCUCACGGCGGCUUCCUCUCGGCUCAUCUCAUCGGUCAGCAUCCGGACGUUUUCAAAGCAGCUGUGAUGAGAAAUCCCGUCGUCAGCAUCGGCACAAUGGAGCCCUCGACGGACAUUCCCGACUGGUGCUACUCAGAACUUGGCUUGGAUUUCCGCUUCGAGCAUCCACCCAGCUUUCUUCGACGCUAUGGACCCAAUCUAGAGUCUGCGUACGAAGUGCUUCAGUCCAAGUCGCCAAUUCAGCACGUUGACCGCGUCAAAGCGGCCGUGCUCUUGCUCGUCGGUCUUGACGACCAGCGCGUGCCACCGACACAGAGCAAGCUCUACUAUCACGCCCUCAUCGGCCGACGUCGAGCGACGCGGGCCGAGCACUCUGAUGGGCCAGCCGUCAGGAUGCUGUGCUUUGAUGGUGCCGAUCACGCCUUGGAUACAGUUGAGGCCGAGGUCAUUGGCUGGGAGGCCUCUCUCAGGUGGAUAGAUCGCCACACCUAGUCGCAAGUGAAGCGCAACGUACGUGAACGCGAAAUCAUAAUGAUUCGAUGAUGAACAGAAGAAGGCGAAAAGACGAGAGAUAGACCCAGAAUGAGAAUCGCAAAGGAAAAUUGUAAAAGAAUGACCGAUUUGAAGCGAAAGGAGGAGAUGAUUUCAAUCAAGAACACCAUCACCAGGAUGACGAGUCUUGUUGAAGAGCGAGGGGAG